UCAGAGAAUAAAGCUAAGAGUGAGAGGGUGCGAAAGUGAAGAAAGAUAGAUCCAGAUAUCAAUGGCGACGAAUCACGAACCGGUUUUAGGGUACGUUGUGCUUUACGUCAAAGACGUAGCCGAGUCGGUGGCUUUCUAUGCCAAAGCCUUCGGCUAUCCUGUUCGUCGCUUAGACGAGUCUCACAGAUGGGGAGAGUUGGAAACGGGGAACACAACUAUUGCUUUCACUCCGAUUCACCAGCACGAGACCGAUGAUCUGACCGGUGCGGUUCAUAACCCUGGAUCUUGUCGAGAAAGACCACCCAUGGAGGUUUGUUUUGUUUACUCUGACGUUGAUGCUGCUUACAAGCAUGCGGUGGAGAAUGGAGCGGUGGCGGUGAGCGAGCCUGAGCUGAAGGAGUGGGGACAGAAGGUUGGGUACGUCAGAGAUAUUGACGGCAACGUUGUGAGAAUGGGAAGUCACGUGAACCCACCCAAAUAGGUGGACAUAGCAUAACAGCAACUGGGAAAUCAUGCUUUCACGUAUGUUUGUGAUUAGGAAUAAACAAGAACCACUGUCUGAGAUGUGUGUUAUUUACGCUACAAUAAAACAAAUUUUCCCUCUGCCAGGCACUUCCUUGUAACUAGUUUAACUCUGAGAUGGAGAUGCUAUGGAAUCAUGAUUAUUAAUAGCAUUUUAUCUUCUUACGUGAUCGUGUCACAUAUUA